ACAAGAGGUGGCCUCCACGUGGCAAGAGCUGGGCAACAUAUUCAUUAUGUUGGCAAACUACCUCAUGUUUAUGUAAUGGUUAAUUUUCGGUGGUUUAAAAUAAUAAGAUCAAAUAUGUUUGUUUCGUAUGUAAAUAAAUUUCUCGCUUUUUUUUCCUACAAACAGUUCUGCACAUAAGGUAUUAUUCUUAAAAUAAUCUAGAUAUUUAUGUUUAGAUCGUGAACAUGCUUUAACACUGGUGGCCGAGUUUUUACAUACACGACCAGUAACUUUCAAACUGUGAAAUAAACAAACGUUUUCCUUCUUUAAUCAUGUUUACCAAAAAAUACUGGUGGUGACAUCAAAGGAUGUUUAUUUGUGGUAAAAAUAACAUUAUUAUGUAAUUAGGUAAUUAUAAAAUUAUCAUGGUCAUUGUCAAAUAAGAAAUCAAUGAGAGGAUGAAGAGAAAAUUUUCGCGGGUUAUCGAGUAAUUAUGGUAAGUGUUGUUGCUCAAAUGUUAAAGUAUGUAUAUAGGCAGAUGAUUUCUUUUACUGUAUCAUACAAUCAUGGCUGAACAUCCAUGUAUUUACUGCAAUAUUGAGGUCACUUCUCGUGCGCACGCUAUUGCAUGUGAUUCAUGUGGAAGAUGGAGUCACCGUAGACACACCGAAAUUACCCAUCAGCAGUACAUGCAACUGCGCAGUGGUGAGGUACAGAUAGAGUGGUUCUGUAAUGGUUGCAGGAACGUCGACGAACCACCACCACCACUUGAAAUCCCGGUAUCGCCACUCAGAAAUCUUGCACAAGAAGAUCUAAGACAUGGGGGUAACACUACCAUACCAGAUGUGUCAUUCGACCUAGCCCAAGAGUACGAACGACCAACACCAGUGGUAGACACGUCUUUACCUGAUGACCUUGAGCUGAACGACGAAAUCCCCGCCGACGACGCCGUAAUUACGUAUGAGAUUGUGGAGUCCGGGACUAAGCGAGGUGCGGCGAAACUGAUCAGUUCGGAUGGAUAUUCUUACACGAAGGGGGUAUGUAUUUUACGUUUCAUUAAAAUGAAUUACAUACAUUGAUAAUACAUAAGAUGUCUGAUAAA